GAGAGGAAAGGAGGGGAAAGGGGAGAAGACAAAAGAUUCAUAAAACUAAAGCAGUGGUGGACGACAGCAAAAGUUCUCGUAAAGCUUUUACCUCUUACAAGUUGAAGGAAUGGGCGGCCUUCCAGUGGUCCUGCUCCUCUGCAGUUUCCACGCACUCACAGCUGUAGCCCAAACCCAGCAGGCUGAGGAAACCGAGGCACCUGGAGGAACCUUGCCAGCCAACUGUAGGGAGGAGAUGUAUCCUUGCACCAGGAUGUACUCGGUUCACAGGCCCAUCAAGAAAUGUAUUGGUGCUCUUUGUCUCUACAGCCUUCCUCGUGUCUACGUGAUCAACAAUGAGAUCUGUAUGAGGACAGUCUGCCAGCAGGAUGAGUAUCUGAAAGCUGAACUGUGCAGAGAGCUGUCCGGGUGGCCCAGACGUGUUAAGAGGACAUCUGAUAGGAAACGCUGUCGCAAUCGCCGUAGCAACCCCAAAACCUGGGCAAACAAAGCCUGAUGGGGGCCCCAGGAUGGCGAUGUGACCACCAGUGGGGAUGGAGCCCCUUAGCGUCGCCACAAAAACAGCCCAUAACACCAUAAAUCCACCAGUCAACACCUGGGGGUCUCUUUGUUUCUCUUUAACACAUGCGCACAAGUGUGCUGACUCAUAUCUAUGUUCACGUAUUCGUCUUUUGUGUGUGUAUUUUGAAAGUGUGCUCAUUUCAUCUGUGUAUUGUUGGACACAGAUCAUGUCUUUCAUGGUUUACGACCCAUUUAAGGUACUGUAGUAAUGGGCCUAUAGCAGCACUGAGUCAUUUCAUUGUACAAAGAAAGACCCACUUUGUUGUGGAUUGUAAGGUACCCAUUGACAAUCCAGUAUUAUGUGCACUAUUGUAUCCAACUAAAUAAAGCUACAUGUGUUCAUGUG